GCCGUCAACAAUGGGGGCCGGCCUGGACGUCUUUGGGAGGGAGGCAGUGGGGGGCGAUUGUGGCUCUUGCAGUCCUCCCCGCGGUCCGCUGCAGCGCUCCUCCACGGUCCGCCUCCUCCUCCUCCAGAUCUCUCGGGAAGAUAGCGGUCAGCCUUGGCCAUGUCUGCAGACGUCUGGGUCGGAAGCUGGCGGCCUCACCGGCCCCGAGGGCCCAUUGCAGCCCUUUACAGUAGCCCAGGACCCAAGUACGGGCUCCCGACCAAUGUAGGAUACCAGCAGCAUGACCCUUCUCGCUUCCGGGCCCCUGCCUACAGCUUCGGCAUCCGGCGCCUCACGGAGCAGCAGGGCUGUUCUCCUGGGCCGGGCUACCUCAUCCCCACCAACAUGACCAUGAGGGGCAAAGACGGGAUCCCCGCCUACUCCAUUUACGGGCGGCCCAAAGACAUCGCGCCUUUCAUGACGCCAGGGCCAGGUCGCUACAGCCCCGAAAAGGCUGGGAAGUUGGCCUACCCGGCACCCCCCAUGUUCUCCCUUGCCUCCCGGACAAAGGACUUUAUGAAUGAGCAGACUCCAGGACCAGCCGCCUAUGGCCUCCCUCCGAUGCUGGGGCCCAAAGUGGUCAACAAAUCCUCGGCUCCCAAUUAUUCCAUUUUUGGGCGCAGCGCCAUCGGCAGUUUCUAUGAGGAUCUCAGCAGGACUCCUGGGCCUUGCAAUUACCGCGUGGUGGAUACUGGUGUCUACAAGAACCGUCCGCCGCAUUAUAGCAUUCUGGCCCGCAACAUGCCUCCUGGGGACAACACCCUGAAACCGGGUCCUGGAGCCUACAGCCCCGAAAAGCACACCCAGCAGCGUGGAAUCACCUUCGGCAUCCGCCACUCCGACUACGCGGCGCCUCUCAUUGUGGACACGGUCGAGUAAUCCGUCCCCGUCGCCUUGAACGGGCCGAACAAGAAAAUGUUGUCGUUUGGGAAGACUGGGAUUGCAAUGUGCUUUCGUGUUUGUUGGGUGGGCGUUGGGUUCAAACUAUCGAUCCCAAAGGCACCGGGUUGCACCUUGGAGGCUAAGCAGGGCCAGGCCUGGAGGGGAAGAGGGUGGGCCAGAUUCCCCCUCCAGUCCCUUGGGAGAUGUAGUAUCCCUCAGAGGUGAAGGAGUUGUAGCACCCUUGACUCAAUCUGUUCCCACCCUCUUCCCUAGAUUGAUCCGUGACUUCACCACAUUUAUCCCAAAGGUGCCAAAUCCUGCCUGAUCGUGGAAGAGAAGCAGGGUCAUCCCUGGCUGGUACUUGGAUGGGAGUCCGCUAACAAAUACCCGGGAUUGUGGGCUAUAUUGGUAUUUCAGAGGAAGGAUCCCUUAACUCUCUUUGCAUUUGAACACCAUAUGAAAUUCAUGGGGUCACCUUAAAGUCAAGAAGGAACUUGAACACACACACAAAAGGUUUUUUUGGACUGUCGCUCCCAUCAUCCUUGUGUGAAUUGGGGGAUUCUGGGAGUUGCAGUCCAAAAAGAAGACCUUUCCCCAAGCCCAGAAGUCCUGUAUUUUGCCUCUUGGCUGUUUUGUGUCUUGGCCAAGAGACAAAAGCAUCUUCAUCACCAUCGUAUUUGGAAGGAAGAAAUUUGCAAAAUCUUCUGUGUUGAUUCCUUGCCUAAGAAGACACGAUGACAUUUGUAGCGUCACCCUAAACGUGCAUCUACAUGGCCAAAUUAAUGCAGUUCAACUCUGCUUAAACUGCCAUGGUUCAAUGCUACGGGAUCCUGGGAGUUGUACCUUGGCGAAGCCCUUACGCUCUUUGAACGAGAAAGCUAAAGAUCUUGUGAAACUAUAAAUCCCAGGAUUCCAUAGCCUUGAGCCAUGGUUGUUAAAGUGGUGCCAAACUGGAUUAAUUCUACAGUGUGGCUGCACCUUUAGAGGCACAUGCAUAACUUGUAAAGCCGUGGUUCUCAACCCUCCUAAUGCUGUGACCCCUUAGUACAGUUCUUCAUGUUUUGACCCACAACCAUAAAAUUAUUUUCGUUGUGACUUCAUAACUGUCAUUUUGCUCCUGUUAUGAAUCACAAUGCAAAUAUCUGAUCUGCAGGAUGUAUUUUCAUUCACUGGGUCAAAUUUGGCUCAAAUCCCCGAUAUACCCAAAUUUGAAUGUGGGUGGAGUUGCAAGGGGAUGAUUUUGUCAUUUGGGAGUUGUCGUUUCUGGAAUUUAUAGUUCACUUACAAUCAAAGAGCAUUCUGAACUCCACCAAGGAUGGAAUUGAACCAAGCGUGGCACACAGAACUCCCAUGACCAACAGGAAAUACUGGAAGAGUUUGUUGGGCAUUCACCUUGAGUUUGGGAGUUGUAGUUCACCUACAUCCAGAGAGCAUCCAUGCCCCAAGCCAGCCUCACUCAUUGGUUAUCAUUUUCAAGCAUCCCGUGUCUACUUUGGACUAAACUCGUGGUGUUCACCGGAGCCGGACCAUUAAGCCCAUCAUGGACUCAUUGCAUAUUGCCACACUGCAUUCCUUCCCGAUGGCGCACUCUUGGAUGCAGAUUAAUACAUGGAUUGACACAUCAAAUGUUCCAAUGCAGUUUUUUGAAUUUCCCGCCACACAAAGAACUAACCAGUGAAGAUGUCCAACAAAGUCCUGAGUCGCUCAGGACCUGGAUUCUAGCCAGGCUGUUUUCCAACUAAUUCGGAGCUGACAUGGGUUUCUUGAAUAGCUGUCAAAUGAAAUAAAUAUGCUCCGUGUUUACAAUUAUGGUAUGUCAGUACUUUGGAGUGCUUUCUCCCUGCUGACAUCCUCUUUGGCCACAGAGAAUAAACCUCUGCUUUUGCUUUCAACCCAUCUGAGUCUGAUGUGGCUUUCUGGAAAGCUGGACACAUUGGGCUUUGAACUCACGGUUGUAGCGGAGCUGGAAACACUCGACACAAGAACUGUGGGUUCAGAACCCAGCAUUUCAAUCUCCCAAAGGACAGAAUGAGACACAGAUGGGAUGGGCGUUUGUUCACCUUGGCCAAGGUAGAUGUCAGUGGAAUCUGUGCUCCAAAGGACUGACAUCAGCGCAAUUGCAAACAUAUAGUUUUAUUUAUAGCACUUUGCAUGCUAUGCAAAACAAAGGGACUAGUGUCAGCCAGAAUCUGUUCCCUGAUAAGUACAGAAGCAAUAUCCACUAUCGCUGUUGGUUGAAGAUGUUCGACAGAGUCCUGGGCCGCUCAGGACCGGGAUCCUAGCUAGGCUGUUUUCCAACUAAUUUGGAGCUGAUGCAGGUUUCUUGAAUAGUUGUCAAAUGAAAUAAAAAUGCUCAGUGUUUACAAUUAUGGUAUGUCAGUACUUUGGAGUGCUUUGUCCCUGCUGACAUCCUCUUUGGCUACUGAAAAUAAACCUCUGCUUUUGCCUUCAACGCCGAUGUGUCUGAUUUGGCUUUCUGGAAAGCUGGACACACCAGGCUCUGAACCCACGGUUGUAGCGGAGCUGAAAACACUCGACACAAGAACCGUGGGUUCAGAACCCAGCAUUUCAAUCUCCCAAAGGACAGAAUGAGACACAGAUGGGAUGGGCGUUUGUUCACCUUGGCCAAGGUAGAUGCCGGUGGAAUCUGUGCUCCAAGGGACUGACAUCAGCGCAAUUGCAAACAUAUAGUUUUAUUUAUAGCACUUUGCCUGCUAUGCAAAAUAAAGGGACUUUGCUGGCCUGGCUAUUGAUUGGUCCAGACUAGUGUCAGCCAGAAUCUGUUCCCUGAUAGGUACAGAAGCAAUAUCCACUAUCACUGUUGGUUGAAGAUAUCCAGCGAAGAUGUUCGACAGAGUCCUGGGCCACUCAGGACCGGGAUCCUAGCCAGGCUGAUUUCCAACUAAUUCGGAGCUGAUGCAGGUUUCUUGAAUAGUUGUCAAAUGAAAUAAAAAUGCUCAGUGUUUACAAUUAUGGCAUGUCAGUACUUUGGAGUGCUUUCUCCAUGCUGACAUCCUCUUUGGCCACUGAGAAUAAACCUCUGCUUUUGCCUUCAACCCAUCUGAGUCUGAUUUGGCUUUUUGGAAAGCUGGACACAUCGGGCUCCGAAAACGCUCAACACAAGAACUGUGGGUUCAGAACCCAGCAUCUCAAUCUCCCAAAGGACAGAAUGAGACACAGAUGGGAUGGGCAUUUGUUCACCUUGGCCAAAGUAGAUGCUGGUGGAAUCUGUGCUCCAAAGGACUGACAUCAGUGCAAUUGCAAACAUACAGAUUUAUUUAUAGCAUUUUGCCUGCUAUGCAAAAUAAAGGGACUUUGCUGGCCUGGCUAUUGGUUGGUCCAGACUAGUGUCAGCCAGAAUCAGUUCCCUGUUAAAUGCAGAAGCAAUAUCCACUUUCGCUGUUGGUUGAAGAUGUCCAGCGAAGAUGUUCGACAGAGUCCUGGGCCACUCAGGACCGGGAUCCUAGCUAGGCUGUUUUCCAACUAAUUCGGAGCUGAUGCAGGUUUCUUGAAUAGUUGUUAAAUGAAAUAAAAAUGCUCAGUGUUUACAAUUAUGGUAUGUCAGUACUUUGGAGUGCUUUCUCCCUGCUGACAUCCUCUUUGGCCGCUGAGAAUAAACCUCUGCUUUUGCCUUCAACCCAUCUGUGUCUGAUUUGGCUUUCUGGAAAGCAGGACCCACCGGGCUCUGAACCCACGGUUGUAGCAGAGCUGAAAACACUCGACACAAGAACCGUGGGUUCAGAACCCAGCAUCUCAAUCUCCCAAAGGACAGAAAGUGGAUGCCAGCGGAAUCUGCGCUCCAAAAGACUGACAUAAGCACAAUUGCAAGGAUACAGAUUUAUUUAUAGCACUUUGCCUGCUAUGCAAAACAAAGGGACUUUGCUGCGCUGGCUAUUGUUUAGUCCAGACCAGUGUCGGCCAGAAUCUGAACCCCGAUAAGUGCAGAAGCAAUAUCCACUGUCGCUGCUGGUUGAUUGGAAGGUGUGGAGGGAAAUGUAAUAAACUAGCAUUGCCUGA